AUGCUGGAGGCCCCUGGGCAGCCUGUGUGCAGAGCAGAGCACGAUGCCUUUCCUGCACGGCUUCCGCAGGAUCAUCUUCGAGUACCAGCCGCUGGUGGACGAGAUCCUGGGGCUGCUGGCGAUACAGGACGUGGAGCAGGGCGCCCUCGAGAGCCCUGCCUGUCUGGGCAGUGACAGGAGCCAGCUCUCGGCUGUGAGGCAAGUCUUGGAGAGGGAGGCCCACUCCCCGUUUUAUCAGGAAGGUGUGAGCUAUGCCCUGCUGAAGGUCACCGAGCUGGGGCUCGUCCCUGCUGCAGAAAUCCUGCUGGAGUUCGGCGCUGACCUCAGCUUUGAAGAUCCAGUCACCUACUACACCCCCCUGCACAUCGCGGUGCUGCGCAACCAGCCGGACGUGGUGGAGCUGCUGGUGCACCACGGGGCAGACAUCAACCGCAGAGACCGGAUCCACGAGAGCAGUCCCCUCGACCUGGCCAGCGAGGAGCCCGAGCGGCUGCCGGGUCUCCAGCGGCUGGCGCCGCUGGGAGCUAGUCUGUCCUGGCCUCAACGCCACUUACGUUCCCUGUCCCUCUGUCCAGGUGCAGACGUCAGGGCCACCACCAGAGAUGGUGACACUGUCUUCACCUACAUCAUCUUCCUGCUGGGAGAGACGGUGCAGCAGCCCCGUGUCAUCAGCCGCUUCUGCUUCCGCGUCACGCAGCUGCUGCUGGCCCACGGUGCCAACCCCAGCGAGUGCCCGGCCCCCGAGUCCCUCACCCACCUCUGCUUCAAAGGCUUCAAACGCCACUUCCCUCUGCUGCGUUUCUUGCUGGAGUCGGGUGCUGCCUACAACUGCUCCCUCCACGGUCCCUCCUGCUGGUCGGGCUUUCACAUCGUCUUCGAGUGCCUCUGCUCGCACCUCAGUGUCUCUGAAGAUGACAGCUUCUCUACAGACCUCAUCCAGAAGGGUCAGACCCUGCUGGAGCUCAUGAUGGCCAGUUCACAAGCUAUCCAGCUGCCCAGCAACUUUGAGGUCAACACUAGCAGCUGUAGGUACCACGGGGAGAAGAUCAGGACUCUCUUCUCCUCUCUGAAGCAGCUGGAGCACUCCCCGCAGGCACUGAAACAUCUCUGCAGGGUGUUUAUCCGGCAGCGCCUUAAACCGUGGCCAGUAGAUGUCAAAAUCAAGGCUCUACCUCUUCCAGACAGGCUGAAGUGGUACCUCCUCAUUGACCACACUGCUGCUGGGCACGAGGACCUCUGA